GCCAUGUGGAGCCCCCGCACCCCGAUGAGUCCCGCCUUCGCCCCCAUUCUUUUACCACGACUCUCUAUCUCUCUCCGCGUGUGCGUCUGUGUUCUAUUUAAACCCCUAUAACUGCACUCACGCCCAUCUCGCCCAUCUGUCUUUUAGUUUCCACACGUCGGUUUCACAGAAAUACCUGCAUGCGAUGGCUUCACACGAAGCCAUGACGAAGGUAAUGGUGGGGAGGACGACGGAGUACCGAAAGGGCACCGACACCGAGCUGCUCGCCCUCCACAGCAGCUCCGCCGAGCUGCUGCUCCUUUGUGGGGAGCGGUUCGACGCCGUGCAGGCCUUCCGCACAGGGCGGCUCUCCUUGCACAUGAUCAGAGCGAAGGGGAACCCCGUUUGCAUGGUGAGUUGCAUGGUGGGGGAUCACCAGUGGAUGCUGGCCAAGGACUCGCUCGUCCUCCGUGUUGACCCUCGCAGGUAUGUCUUCGCCAUGCCCGGCUUCUGCUACGGACUUGCAUUGCUGGGCUCUGGUUCGGACACUGAGUGCCGGACGCUGGAAGAGAUCCUUGCGAGGUUUUGUGCUUACCGAGACAUUGCGGCUGUCUCCAUGAAUUCCGCGUUGACCAUUCCUCCUUUUCUCUCAGGAGAUGAUAUAUGGGCUCAUGCCUAUGACGAGAUGACGAAGCUCACCACCAACGCCAUCGCCAUCGACACCACCACCGGCGGGGCCAGACGGCCAUCAACUGCCACAGGCAUCGCCUCUUCCGAAUCAGAGAAAUGGAAGAAGAUCCAGCGGGCAGUGAGGACGUCGGCCAUGGUCAAGCUGCUCUCCCGGUCCCUCCUCACCGGUGCGCUCGACCCCAGAAAGCACCUCGACCUGACCGCCGGCAAUAACCUCCCGAGCAUGCGGGUUAUAGGAGACCUUGCGGACGUGAUCGAGACAGGGCGGCGACCACCCGCGGUGGACGGGCGGAACUCCUUUUGGUAUGUGAAUGGUGAGGGGAUAAGGCUGCUGCUCGCGAUCCUCUCGGCGUGCGGAGCCGCCGAGCGGAGGAAGCGACCACGCCUGGAGACUCUCAGAGAGGAGUCCGAGUGGGCGAGCGAAGGCAAUGCAGGUGAUGAGGGAGGUGGAGUCAGCAGCAGUGGUUCAAGGUGCCUUAGUAAAGAGGUGAGGUUAGAGAGAGAGAAGGACGACCAAUGAAACAAUGUCCAAAGUCAUAUGUUCUCCUAUCUUAACAUAAUUUUAGCAGCUCGAUGUUCUCUUCUUCCUCCUAAAGUAAGAAAGCAAGGAUGAUAAGUGAUUGACGAGGGGGAGAAGGCGGGAGGACGCUCCAAUGGUGAGGCUCAAUGUUGCGUCUUCCCCGCCCACAGGAAACGGAGGAUAACUAGUGCUCCUCUGUUAAUCCUUUUGUAAAAGUGGAGAACUAAAGUAAUAAUUUAAAUGAAUGGGACUUCAACGUCAGAGAGGGAGAGAGAUGAAGAUUAGAUUGCAUAAAAGAGGCACUGGAGAUAUUAUAGGCAGUAAAUGCGAUAUAACAGCAGG